GGAGCACAAAGUCGACCAGGGUAGUCCACCACUCGGAGUCGUAGUAUCAUGCCUACAAGUUGACAGGCGCAAGUAGAUGGUCCAUUCAAGCACAUUGCAGUUUUUCGUCUUUCCCGUGUGGCAGGGGUAUGAAGGCGAGAUCAAAUUAUGUUUGCCCGUGGUGCACAGCGGAGUACAGCGGAUAGAGGGCGCUCCGAGUUACUCUUUCCGUCUUUCAAUGCUUGAUAUGGCUCAACUUAAAAAGUACUUGGCCUGUAUGUGCCUUGGCUGCUUCAAAAAUGAUCUGAUAGGCGACAACCAACGUUUACUCGAGCGUGUUUCUGAACAGACAGAGCGAGGGUUGCUCGUGAUGGUUGAUCUCUCUUGGGACAGCGGUUCCGCACCGGCCCUUCCUCGUCUACCGGUAGGAGAGAGAGCAAAGAAUGCAAGCGAGGUGAACAUGUGAGGAAGUCAAAGGGCGGUGGAACUGUUCUUGACCCUGCAUUAUGUCUCUUGCCACUUCGCUAGAUAUACAGAUGUCUUACUGGAAUGGGUUCCAGCUGGACUUCUGGCCUUUUCACUGGGUUAGGCGAAGUUGCGCCUUUGUAGGGACUGGCUGGCCUGGAGGGCGAAAAUCCGAGGCGCGUCCAGGAAACCGACCGCUUUCCUUGAAGGAACAGACUUUGGACCAUAGAUUUCUGUUCCCGCGUGGCAAGGCUCCUCCGCCGGAAAGGCAUCACAGACAGGUAUUUGUUCUGCGUACUGGAUGACCUGAAAUCUUCAGAAAAUUUCAAUGCUGUCACCACCCUUUGCAGUCUUGAAUCAUCGGGUCUUCCGCCAAUUUUCAAGAGCCAUGACUGAGUCUCCUUCAUGCACCAGUACUGCUCGGAUAAUGAUCCAUCGGCAUGUUUCGGAGAACACAUCGUCGCCAUGCUAGGUGCCAUGUGAUAUACAUUUGACUUAGGCGAGACUUGGUUUGCUCUAGCCGCUCGCGAGCCUACAUCAUAGUUGUUGGACGGGAGGCUUGCAUAGCAUGAAGCAAGGCCUGUGGUUCCUACAGGGGUGGGUGGUUUUGGCGGUCGUUGGUCGUUCGAGGCACUGCGCAACCACCAUGUUUGACAACGGCGAUAGGAUUGUCAAAAAGGGUUGCUUUCCACCGGAGGGUCUCCGAAAAGGGUGCGGCGGAAGCAGUGAUGUAGUCUCCCUCGCGCAGCCCAUGUAAAUGUAGCAAAACAGAGAACACGACGACUCCCACCA